AUGGUCAGCAAACCGCUUGACUUUCACAAGCGACCCGUCGAGGACACCCACAACGUUCGGCACCCCACACAUGCUCUCGAACGCCUCGGUGUUACUUGUGCAUUCAUCAUCCGACGUUGGCAGGUGGAUGACCUCGUGCAGAUACGUCAAAAUAACCUGCGUUACUUCUUGGACGUAGUAAUUUGUCACGGCAACCCUGUCGCGGAUGGAGAAGACUGCGUUGUGAUGCAAGGGCUCGUGAAGCUAGCCCCAUCUGUCUUGGACUUUGGUCGCGCUCACACCAAACGCCGCCCGGCUGCAUCGGAAGUUUCUGUGAAACCAACCAUCGAGCUCUUCGUCGUCCUGCACACGAGCCCAGUGCGCGUCGUCCAUCUGCAGACGUCACUUUGCCAUUUACCUCGCCUUGACCUGAUGACCAACAUUCUCGCUUUCCUCACCGUGUUUGCCACCGUGGCCAGUGCGACCGCAAACCAAAACGACGACCACGAGCUCGAUGCGGCCACGGAGGCGUGA